GGCCCCCCUUUUCCCCGUAGGGCUGGGUUACUAAUGCCAUAGCGUUUGUAGGUAGGUAUGUACAGGGUACCGGCAGGCAUUUGGUGGGGAACAUUUCGAUGGAGCCAUCCCCUAUCAUGACGUCACGCCAUCGACGUUCCAGCAUGGGAAGGGAACAAACAGAUGAAGAGGGAGGAGGGAAGGGGUACCUAUGCCAUCAUUACUGACAGAACUUAGGUGUGUGGCUACCUAGACACAACCGACCACAAAAAUAACCUACCACGAUACUCCAAUCAACCCAAUUGCAAAGAGAGAGAAAACAUGUCCUCCCUUCUACCCAUCCGCGCCCUCCACGACGCAACCCACAUCCGGCCAUUCGCCCUCUCGCUAAACCACAACCUCUCCCUCCUCACCCGCCGCUCGCCCCCUCGGCGAGCCUACCACCCCACCCCGGCGCCCCGCCUGCCCUACAAGGACAGCCAGGACCGGCAGUCCCUCAAGCCGCGCACCAACGGCAGCAGCAAGGGCCCGUCGGACGAGGAGAUCGCCUCGGGCGUCGGCGCGUCGUACUCACGCGACGCAACCGAGCCCGGGUCCGAGACCGAGACCGCCAAGCGCGACUCCGCCGACGGCGUCAACCCGCUCGAGAUGACCGGCGCGAACCAGGAGUUCUCCAAGCCGCAGGGCGACGGCGGUGCCGCCGAGAACCGCGCCGGCACGGACAAGAAGCGGACGAGCGGCGCCGGGAAUAAGGGGAAGAAGGGGAAGGCCGUGUAGCAGAGAGAUCGGCCGGGGUGGGUUUCGGGGAAAGGAGAGAAGAGGGGUGGGGAGAGAGGGAGCUUCGGAGGGUGACUGGGCAUCUGUCAGCCCUCGACCGCCACAAUGUCAUGCGAGAUAAUGCAUCCUCCCGCGCAUACUCGGUUGUCUGUAUAAUAUAAGGGAAAUACAUAACCACGAUGUCUCAAUUUUGAAACUUAGGACGAUAGGCU